AUGGCGUCUAAUUUGUUCAAGAAAACCGUGAGGAAAACUAUCCAGGCAUUAAAAGCACUGGAUGAUAUGACCAGUACUUCCCUGCUACAUUUGAUUCAGAAGAACCCCGAAAGGCGGAGUCAGAGAGAGAUCAAUCUUUUUUUACCAACCCUCAUGAUGAAGGCCAAUUGUCUGCAGAAUGUUGACAGAGACGUUGGUAUUGAGAUAUUAAGACACAGUGAACACGAGCACAAAGAAGCUGGUGACGUCAUAAUGAAACAAGGAGAAACAGGAGACAAAUUCUACAUCGUCAUCCAAGGUUCUGUUGGUGUUUACGUCAGAGAUACUUUCAAGAAAUCACGUAAAAGGAAGUCCAUUGUGGUGCGAUUACCCAGAAUUACUAGCGAUGCAACCUUGCACCAACAUCCGGGUGAUACAGUUAAACACAACCACUGCUGCUGUCUUCCGGAAAAUCAGAAAUUAGACAGCCAUCACGACACCGGAACCCGUCAUCAAUGCAAAUGUCACGUGACCGAGAAGAGCAUCCAACAGGCAGAGUUAGAGGCAAAGUAUGGUUCAAAAGUCAACAUUUUACCUUCAGGGCAUUCAUUCGGCGAGCUCGCUCUUUUAAAAGCGGAAGCUAGGAACGCCACCAUUAUCGCCGAUGAGGCUGUAGAUCUGAUGGUCAUUCCCCAGAAGUUGUUUGAAAACACAAUCAAGUGGCACCAAUCUAAACAGUUCGAUGAUAAGAGGAUUUUUGUCAGAACGCAUCCAUUUUUUGCCAAAUGGACGGAAGCUGAAAUUGAACAACUGGUGCCUUGCUUGAAAAAGCGCAUUAUAUCCGCAGGACAGUGCGCCUUUCUCCAAGGAAGUGACGUCACAUGUCUUCAUUUUCUAGUCAGAGGUAAGGCCCGUAUCUCGGCAGUUCCGGAUCUACACCGGAAGCAGUAUCCCGCCAUGUUUGAUGCUGCAGAAAUGAGCAAGAGACAUCCAAUUCACUUCGAACAUCAUAUGGCGAAAAGCCUGAAAUUACCCAGCAUUCCUACUUCCAGAAACGAACGAUUUGUUGCCAGCAGACGCGUGCAGCUGUGUCACGUGAUGGAAGGGGAGAUUAUUCACGAUAUUGAGUUCCUGCUCAAUCUUCACAACUCACUGUUUCGAGUUUUCUGUUCAACAGAAUGCGAAUUUUACUCACUCGACACAAAACAAAUCGACCGUUUUCCUUUGAGUAGAAAAAGUUACGUUCUCAAGUUACUCAAAACUCGAACCGAAACGAGACUUUCGAGUCGAGUUUCAACGAUUCCGGGAGGAAAAUUCGACAUUUUGCCGCUGUUGAUACUUCAAUUAAGGUUUGUUCGAAUUCUAAAGGAAAACAAGGAGGAAUCUGCGAGGAUCCAUAGACUCCCGCUGUCUGAGUGUUUACACAUCAGUGGGCACGUCUUCAAGGAAUACAAUCCGAUCAAAGAAACAGCAGAAAAAGUGGAAACUGCACAUGAUGUAUCCCAGGUACCCAAGUAUGUUUUGGAGGGGCCGGAUUACUACCGAAAACUGGUCCGGAAGCGACAACAGGAGCACGAAGAAAUCAGGAGAAGAUAUCCGGAUCAGAUAAAAGAAUGCCAAUCUAUCAGCAACGAAAUGAAAAGCAUGAUUCUGAAUAACGUCAAACAGCGCCACCUGGUGGAGAAGGUCAUGAAGAGGUAUUCCAUUGGUUGGAAAACGGAAGAAUCGUGGAUGGCGCGGUGAAACGAAUACCAACCGGAAGUUGCUACACAAAACGGAAGUGCAUGGCGGAUU